AUGAAUAUUAUACGCUUAUUAAAAACAUCACAAAUUUAUAAUUCAUGUUUAUUUAUUUAUUAUGCUCAAUUAAUAAAUGAUCAAAUAUCAUCAUCAUUUGAACAUGAGUUAAAUCGAUGUGCAAUAGAUAAUCUUGAAAAACUUUUAGAAAUAAUACAUAAUCCAUUAUCAUCAUUUCAAAUAAAUACACGUGUAUUAAAAGAAAUUUUACGUUCAAAUUCAACUGAACUUGAUCAUUUUUUACAUUCAAUUAGUACUGAUCUUAUAGCAAAACUUUAUUAUGCAUGUCUUGCAUGUCAUUAUCAAACAAUUGAAAUAUUUGCUGAUAGUUUAAAGUACAUGCAACGUUGUCUUCAACAACGACAAAAUAUUGAUAAUAUAAAACAAUCAGAAUAA